GACCAUAGAGCGGUGCCUAGAGCGGCUCCUUCCUCGCCAUAUCGAUGGCCAGAGCGGCGCUUCCGCUUCCGGCGGCCAGGCUCGGAGCGGCAGGCGGAGGGAGACGGUUGCCAUGAGCUUCCUGAAGCGGUUCCCGCCGCCGGCCGAGGGGAUCCGGCAGCAGCAGCCCGACACUGAGGCGGUGCUGGGCGGCCGCGGGCUGGGCACCGGGACGCUGUACAUCGCCGAGAGUCGCCUGUCAUGGUUAGAUAAGUCUGGACUGGGUUUCUCCUUGGACUAUCCCACCAUAAGUUUACAUGCUGUCUCCAGGGACCUAAAUGCCUAUCCAUGGGAACAUUUGUAUGUCAUGGUCAAUGCCAAAUUUGAAGGAAUUUCCAUGUUUUGUGAAGCAUGGCUGGGCAGGAUCCAUAGUAUUUUCUCUGGAAGCUGUUGUCACACUCCAACGGAAGAGCCAAAAGAAACUCCCAUGGCUGAAGGGGAAGAGGAGGAAGACAGUGAUGAUGAUGAUGAUAUUGAACCAAUUGCAGAAUUCAGAUUUGUACCCAGCGACAAAUCAGCCUUGGAAGCUAUGUUUUCAGCAAUGUGUGAAUGCCAAGCCCUACACCCAGACCCUGACGAUGAAGAUUCAGACAAUGAUUACGAAGGAGAGGAGUAUGACGUAGAGGCCCAUGAACAAGGACAAGGCGAUAUCCCUUCCUUCUACACAUAUGAAGAAGGGUUGUCACACUUAACUGCAGAGGGUCAAGCCACUUUGGAGAGAUUAGAAGGCAUGUUAGCUCAGUCUGUGAGCAGCCAGUACAACAUGGCUGGAGUGCGAACAGAAGAUUCAGUGAGAGAGUUUGAAGAUGGGAUGGAGGUGGACACAGCACCAGUGGUUGCAGGGCAGUUUGAAGAUGCAGAAGUUGAUCACUGAGGAGGAUAUAUGCUGCUAUUCCUCUUGUGGCACUUCCAGAAUAAGCUGUAAAAGUGAAGGCAUUGCAGUGACUAUUGGGAAUUAACCUCUUUAAUAACUUCUCUAUUAAUGACCUAAGCAUGGACAUCUACGUCUGUAAAUGCUUUUAUAGAUGUGCUUAAAACAGAGUUUGACAUUUCUGUGACCACCGUGGGGUUUUUAUUUAAAAGAUAAAAACAAUAACACCUCUUAUCUAAUGCUUGAAUGGGGCUAAUCAUGGCUCAUUUCAUGGCUCGUUUCUACUUGGUAGGAAUUCUAGGAAUUAAGAAACAAAAUUGUAAUUAGAACAGAAUUCUAGGUUGUCCUAGAAUUUGUCCAUAUUUUUGUAUCUGUUUAUCCACUGAGUCAGCCAUGUCUGAUAGAAACAGGAGUUUGGUAAAGAAAAAUAAGGUCAGCUGAGGAUGCAAAGCAAAACUAACUAAAUGUUUAGCCCUCCAAGUAACAAGCUUUAUCUAUUCAGGUCUUUUGUCUGUCAUUUUUUUACUGACAGAGUUUGGGUAGGGGAGAGGCUAGAGUGAAGUCCCAGAGAUGAGACUUGUUCUGUGUCUUUGUAAUAAACAUUAACAAAAUUGUUUAAU